AAUAGAAUUAUUCACAAAUCCAUCCGUCUUUUAGAAUUUACCAUUGUCCACACCUCGCAACCAUUCGAUUACAAAAACAACGGUCUGGAUUUAUUUUGGAUCUGAUGUGAUUACCUCCAUUAGAAAAAGAAGGAAAAGGCCCUCCAUUUUCCUCCCUCCCUCGUUCCCUCCUCCCAGCCUCUGACCCGCCUUUUGGUUCCCGCCCUCUCCUCUCUCUCUCCUCUCCUUCCAAGAAAACCCCAAAAAAGGCCUCCACAUUUCACCAGCCCCAUCCGCGGAGACAGAGAGGAGAGGGCGGCGGCGGCAAUGGGGAUCCAGGGAUUGCUGCCGCAGCUGAAGUCGAUCAUGGCGCCCAUCGGGGUGGAGGAGCUGCGGGGGCAGACCGUGGCCGUCGACACUUACUCCUGGCUCCACAAGGGUGCCCUCUCGUGCGGCGACCGCCUCUGCAAGGGCAUCCCCACCACCAGGCAUAUCGAGUACUGCAUGCAUAGGGUUAAUAUGUUGCGUCAUUAUGGCGUGAAACCAAUUCUUAUAUUUGAUGGAGGCCUUCUGCCAAUAAAGAGCGAUCAAGAGACGAAACGUGCAAGGUCGAGAAAGGAAAAUCUUGAGCGUGCCAGGGAACAUGAAGCAGCUGGGAAUUCACGUGCUGCUUUUGAGUGCUAUCAGAAAGCUGUUGACAUUACACCUAGAAUUGCUUCUGAACUGAUCCAGGUACUGAAGAAAGAAAAGGUUGAUUAUAUUGUUGCACCUUAUGAAGCAGAUGCACAAAUGACAUUCUUAUCUGUUAACAAACUUGUGGAUGCUGUAAUCACCGAAGAUUCAGAUUUGAUACCAUUUGGCUGUUCUAGAAUUAUUUUCAAAAUGGACAAAUUUGGGCAAGGUGUUGAAUUCCAGAUUACACGAUUAGAGCGAAAUAGAGAGCUUGACUUUAAUGGAUUCACAAGACAAAUGCUACUUGAGAUGUGUAUUUUAAGUGGCUGUGACUAUCUCCCCUCAUUGCCAGGAAUGGGUGUGAAACGAGCUCAUGCACUUAUCCAAAAGCUUAAGUGUCAUGAGAAGGUAAUCAAGCACUUGAGGUACAGUGCUGUUUCUGUUCCACCUCACUAUGAAGAGAACUUCAAAAGGGCAAUCUGGGCCUUUAAGUUCCAAAGGGUAUAUGAUCCUGCUACAGAAGAUAUCGUUCAUUUAUCAAGUGUUCCUCACGACAUCAGUGAAGACUUGGAAUUUUUGGGCCCAUGGUUACCACAGAAUGUCGCCAAAGGCAUUGCUCUAGGGAACAUUGAUCCACUUACAAUGGAACCAUUUGAGGCCAAACCAGAUUGCAGUGCACCAGCUGUUGAUAACGUUUAUCCAACGAGAGAGUCUAUUGUUCCUUCAAAUGGAAGGAAGAGGCUAGAUUUGCCUGUGCAGAAAAAUAUAUUGACAAACUACUUCUGCUUAGCAUCGCUUGAGGCAAAACGAAAAUUCAGGGCACCUAAAAUUACACCUAAGCAGCAAAUACUGAAUGAGUCUUCUUUGCCCAGUCCUCAAACUGAAGACUCUGGCACCCCUGAUUCAAUUGAAGAUACUAGCUUGCCAGCAAAUCACAUUCAAGCUUCUCAAUGUAGUUCUGAGCAUUUAACCUCUGAACCUACUCAAGAUGAUCCAAUCAGUUCUGCUUCUCAAUGUAGUUCUGAGCAUUUCAGCUGUGAGUUUCCCCGUGAUGAUUCAUCCAAUAUUUCACCCCAAUGUAGUUCACUUGAUGGUGGUAGUGAUCCUCCUUCUGAUAACACAGGCAUUGAAGACAGAAAGGUUGAGGCCAACUAUUGCAACGGAAGUACAAUACCAACAGGUUCUUGCUUAGCGGGAAAGUUGCCUGAGAUAUCAGAGCCUUCUUUACUUCCACACAACAGGGAACCAUCUAUACCAAUUCAACAUUAUACCGAAAGCAAUGCUGCCUCUACUGAUAGAGAUAUUACCGUAAGGAGUUCAUACUUCAAAAAAAUAAAGAGGAUCCACACAAAUCAAGAAGAAAAGUUAGACGAUAAAGAGGAUUGUGAAACUGGUAAUCAUACUUUUUCUGGAGGUCAACUGAGGAACUCUGGCAUGCUGAAGAGAAGAAAACUUUCUGGUCUCCACAAUUUUGAAGAUCAGGAAACAUUGCAGCCGAUUAAUUCUGAUUUGAGUCCAGUUGUUGAUGAAGAUUGCGAUACUGAUCGCCUUGAUAAUACGAACAUAAAAACUGAAGGCAGAUUUGGAUGCAAUGUUUCCCAUGUGAAUAAGUACAGUGGCAUUGCGGAAAAAUCAAUGGAUAAGUUCGCUGCAUUGAUAUCAUCUUUCAGAUACGCAGGCUCCCGUGCCAGUGGCCUUCGCGCUCCUUUAAAGGAUGUGAAGAACACACUUUCUGCAAGAUCUGUUCUCACACCUCCAGAACAAGGCAAAUUCAGAUGUACAACUAAGCAAACAGAUCGAGGGCUUCCUUCAAAAAGCAGAUAUACAAGUGAUGAUAAGAAAAAUGCUGGCGGCCCUCUUGAUAUCAGCGCAUUUGCAUACAAGCCUGUGAAAACUGUUCCUUCUGAUCAGGGCAAAAUCACAACUACAGAUGCUGUUGAUGGCCAACCUGUUCUGGGCACGUUUGCAUACACACCCAAGGCAUCUACUGUCUGCCGUCAUGAUCGGAGCAAAUUCACAGGUACUACGAGAAUUGUGGACAGCCCUCCUGAUCUAAGCACAUUUGCAUAUAAACCAACGAGAGCUGCGGUCAGACGUGCCGAAGGGAGCAGGUUUGCAGGAACAACACUAAAAGCAGCUGGAGGGACUUCUCGGAGCCAAUUCAAAUAGAACCAUUGCUGCACAUGUUGGCUCUCCUGAUCUGGCCUGAAUAAACCCAGAUCAAAUUGCAGCAAAUGCUGUGGUGAAACACCAACUGGAGCAUGUUCAGUUUUGCCCGGAUGUGCAUGACUAAAGAUAUCUGAAAUUCGGAGCUUUGGAAGGCUGUUAGUAGCUGGAGAGGCUCCUCAUUUCAGAGCCCUUCUGUAGCUGUGCAUCCAUGCGUGAAGCAGCAGUUCAUUUCAGAGCUCAUUUUGCGUGCUGCUUGUGUGCAAACCAAGUGCACAUGCCCAUUUGUGUGCAAACGCCUGGCGGCAUUGAUGGCUGUGGCAGUCCUAUUGGUGCGUCUGAAAAAUGCAGUCUCAUCUGUGACUGUAUUUAAACUGUAGGUAUCAUUCUUAUAGGUAUGAGCAUGAUUCAGACGCUAUCAUUGAGGUUUCUUGUCAAUUCCUGAUCAAGAUGAAAGAUAAGAUUUGGAACAGUAAACAGAUUGUAUGGUGGUGUCCUCAACGUAGUUUGACUUUACCAUUUGUUCAUGGUUCUUGCUUCUAUUCUCAUAGAAGGCAGAACAAAUGAACUAUGUCUGAAUUUGCCAA